AUGUUCUCCACAGCUCGUUCAGAUACCCUUUUCUUGGGGGCGCAGAAGAUUGCUGGUGACGAUGUGCGUAACCAAACAGUCUUGGCUGCACAAACAGUGGCCAAUGUGGUCAAAUCAUCGUUGGGCCCUGUUGGAUUGGACAAGAUGUUGGUGGACGAUAUUGGAGAUGUUACCGUUACCAAUGAUGGAGCUACAAUCUUGGCAUUGUUAGACGUACAGCACCCAGCAGGUCAAAUCUUGGUUGAAUUGGCGCAACAACAAGACCGUGAAGUUGGUGAUGGAACUACCUCGGUAGUCAUCAUUGCGGCUGAGUUGUUGAAGCGUGCCAAUGAAUUAGUGAAACAUAAGAUACAUCCAACUACGAUUAUCAGUGGAUAUAGGUUAGCGUUGAAGGAGUCAAUCAGGUAUAUAAAUCAAAUUUUGUCUCAGAAUGUUGAUCGUUUGGGAAAGGAAACAUUGAUAAACAUUGCCAAAACAUCGAUGUCGUCAAAGAUUAUUGGCGCUGAUUCCGAUUUCUUUAGCAAGAUUGUUGUUGACGCCAUGUUGGCUGUCAAGACUACCAACACCAAGGGAGAAACCAAGUAUCCAGUCAAGGCAGUAAACAUUUUGAAAGCUCAUGGUAAAUCAGCCUUGGAAUCAGUGUUGGUUGAAGGUUAUGCGUUGAAUUGUACUGUUGCAUCUCAAGCCAUGGUGAAGGAGAUCAAGAACGCCAAAAUUGCUUGUCUUGAUAUCAACUUACAAAAGGCAAGAAUGGCAAUGGGGGUACAAAUAAAUAUCGAAGAUCCUGAUCAAUUGGAAGAAAUCAGAAAAAGAGAAUAUGGAAUUAUUAUUGAACGUAUUCAAAAGAUUAUAGCCAGUGGCGCUAAUGUCAUAUUAACCACAAAGGGAAUUGAUGAUUUGUGUUUGAAGGAGUUUGUUGAGAAUGGAUGUAUGGCAGUGAGACGUUGUAAAAAGGAAGAUUUGAGAAGAAUUGCUCGAGCCACUGGUGCUACCUUGGUUUCCUCUUUGAGCAACUUGGAAGGCGACGAGACUUUUGAAGCUAGUAAUUUGGGUUCAGCGCAAGAGGUUGUUCAAACGAGAAUUAGUGAUGAUGAAUGUAUAUUAAUCAAGGGAACUAAGCAACAUUCAUCGAGCUCAAUAAUCUUAAGAGGUCCAAACGAUUACUCCUUGGACGAAAUGCAAAGAUCUAUAAAUGAUUCCCUCUCUGUUGUUAAAAGGACGUUGGAAAGUGGACAUGUUGUACCAGGAGGAGGGGCAGUUGAAACUGCUUUGAACAUUUACUUGGAAAACUUUGCAUCAACAGUGGGGUCCAGAGAACAAUUGGCAAUUGCAGAAUUUGGUAAUGCGUUGUUGAUAAUCCCAAAGACUCUAGCAAUCAAUGCUGCUAAAGACGCCUCGGAAUUAGUUUCAAAAUUGAGAACUUAUCAUGCUGCAGCCCAAUUAGCCAAAACAGAUGAUGAGAAGAGGAAAAAAUACAAGAAUUAUGGAUUGGAUUUGAUCAAUGGUAAGAUUGUUAAUGAGGCUACGCAGGGAGUUUUGGAACCAACCAUUUCUAAAAUCAAGGCCUUGAAAUCGGCAUUGGAGGCAUGUGUUUCAAUAUUGAGGAUUGAUACUAUCAUUGAAGUACACCCAGAACCACCAAAGGAGGAUCCUCAUCACGAUCAUUAA